AUGAAUUUUAAUGGGAUGUUUGGAGGCGAAGUGGAAGAGUCAGAUGAGAACAGCUCAGAUGGAUAUUGUGGCCGUUAUUACACGAGUGACGACGAAGGUGAGGAGGAUGAAGGUGGUGAGGACUGCGGUGGUGAGGAAGGUGACCCAACAGGGGAUGGUGGGAAAAUUUGGCCAGUUGUCGCAGAGGAUUUCCUAGGCAGAGAGUUUGUUGGGGAGGAAGAUGUCUACCUUGUGUACAAGGAGUUUGCUAGGACGAGGGGUUUUGGGGUCCGCAAGGGAGAUGUGGGGCGUGUUGACGGGGUUUUGGUCAAGAGAGACUUUUUCUGCCACCGACAAGGCACAAGACAUCCUAAGCACUAUGACCGUCCUGAGCGAGUUAGGGAGGAGAGGUUGGAGAGUCGAACCGACUGCAAGGCGAAGUUGAAGAUUUACUAUGAUGUGCAACGCAGUGUGUGGAAGGUCAGGACCAUCUUCGAUGAGCACAACCACGAGCUUACUCCGGCCAUGUUUUCCCACCUUUUGCCUAGCCAUCGCAAGAUGAGUAACGGUGACAAAGCGCAAGUUGAUAGCAUGAAGAAGUUUGGGAUACCAACCUCGAAGGUAAUGGCUUACAUGACUGGUCAAUCUGGAGGGUAUGAAAUGCUGCGAUUUACAAAGCGUGAUUUGUAUAAUUACGUACACGGGCAAAGGCUAGCCCGAAUCAAUGAUGGUGAUGCUGCAGCAACAAUCAGUUACUAG